ACUUGUAUAAAUUUCUUUGAUCCGUCUGUCUUUGCUUUGCUCCACAUACGAAAUACAAAAAAGCAAAGGCAGGAAUGGCGAAACGGUUGAUGCCAACAUUGAACAGGGUUUUAAUAGAGAAAAUAACAGCUCCUGCUAAAACUAAUGCUGGUAUUUUGCUCCCCGAAAAGUCCUCCAAGCUGAAUUCCGGCAAAGUGGUGGCUGUUGGGCCAGGACUGCAUGAUAAAUCAGGAAACCUGAUUCCCACUGCUGUUAAGGAAGGUGACACUGUCUUGUUGCCCGAGUAUGGUGGCACUCAAGUCAAAUUGGGAGAGAAAGAGUUUCAUUUGUACCGGGAUGAAGACAUUUUGGGGACACUCCACGAUUGAGGAUUGAUAUAUUUGAGUUUGUUUACUCAUCGCGGUUAAUUUAAGCGGGAAUGAUGGGGUUGGGGGGUUAGUUUCAAGGAUGUUUUUGGUUAAGUAUUCGAAGUUGACAAUUGUGUUUUAUAUCUAAUGCAAUGAUAGUUGAAUAACCUUUGCAGUUCUCUACUUUUUAGUACUGAGUUCUUGACUUGGAAAACUUUUGUAUUUGUGCAAUUGAGGGGAUUGUGGUUGACUCAUUAUGUUUUAUGGCAAAUGUUAAGGGCGAUCAAAUUCAGAAUGAUGACAAUAUUCUGCUUUUUGCUUCUGAUUCCAGCUCUUAAGAUUUUUGUCUAGUGAGGGAAUUCUCAUAAACAUAUGGUUGCACCUUUA